AUGGACGAUGGUGACAGUUAUCGAACAUGUGAUCAACCGAACGACCUUAUUAUAGCUAAAGGUUUCUUUUUCAUUUGAAAAUCUUUCGAAUUUUGUUGAUAUUUUAGGAAAAGGUCGUUCUGAAGCGUCAGAGGCUAAGAAAGGUGAAACAAAAGCGGGAGGAAAGCGAAAAAGAAACUUCGCGCAAGAGAAACAACAGGCUAAAUUGACGAAAAAGGCCCGAAGACAGUUGGCGGCGGUCCAAGCGAGGAAAGCUUUGAAGCAAACUGUGGGAUAGCCUUUUUCAUUCUGAAUAAUUUUAUUUUUUAAGCAAGAAGAUUUGUUCAAAGGCUUGGCUGAAUAUCAAUUGGAUAGCUCGAAAUUGAGUCAACUCAGCUCCAGUUCUCAUGUGGCUGAUAAGGAGAAGUAAUAUUUCAAUUUAAUGCAGAAUUUGAUAUAUUUAUUCGUUCAGAGAAGCCGUUUUCGCCCAUAAGAUGAAAGUCUUUAAGGGGAAGAACGCGGAAGAAAGACUGAAAGGCCCGAAAGUAGAUGAUCACUACUAUCCGACGGAUGAUGAAGAAGCGACGACUUCUGGAAGCGAAGCCGACGUUGACACGGAUGAGAAAGACGUCAUCGAGAGGAUAGAAGUUGAAAAUGCCGAGGUGGAAGUCGUGGAAGAAGAUGAACAAGAAGACGAAGACGUUGGAGCCAUUACGGAGGAAGAAAUAAAGCGAGAAGAACUUUCCGACGAGGAGGAAAUUCAGACGGUUUUUCAGAAGUAUUUCCCGAAAAAUACAUCGAAUUCAGCAGCCAACAACAACCGUUGUACAACGGAAACAUGUUCUGGUUUCUCGCGACGAAAAUAUUCAGAAAUCUCGGGCCGAGCUUCCGAUUUUCGCUGAGGAAAUGCAGAUCGUCGAGGCUAUCAAUGAGAAUUCGGUGAGCAAAAACUCUUUGUGAAAGCAUUCAUGAGUACAUCAUUUUGACGUUUUAGUUUUUCAAAAUGAAAGGCUUUUUGAAAGGAAUUAGCAACUGAAGCAUAUAAUAUUUUGAAAAUUCAUUUAGAGACAAUAGAAAUGGUAAAUCAAGAGGGCGUUACACAGUACGUAUUGGAUUCUAAGAUUUUUGGGGAAAAAAAUUGAUUUAUUUGUUUUUUUGAAAAAAAUUUAAAAGAAAAUCAUAAAAUAUGGUGAAAGGAAGAUUCAAAAUCAAUAAAAAUAUUUAUUAAAUGAGAAAAAAUUUAACAGAGUAAUUUUUUUCUAGGAAUUCCUUCAUUUCAAAAUCUGUACAGUUCUUCAAAAAAAGUUUUUUAAAAAUUUUUUUCUCGUUCUUAUUGAGUUCGAACUAUAUUAUAUAUUUUACUUGAUCUUUUUAGCCUAUUUUUCUAAUUUAUGAUUUUAUAAUUAGGAUCAUCUUAAUUUUAGGUCACAGUUGUGUGCGGAGAAACCGGAUCCGGAAAAACGACACAAAUCCCUCAAUUUUUGUACGAAGCCGGAUAUGCCAAUGAUGGAGAAUUGAUUGGAAUCACGGAGCCGAGAAGGUAAAUUGUGUAGGAUUUAUAUGAAAGAGGGUUUUUGAGAGAAAAAAAGCUGCGAUAAAAUCAAAAAGUUAUGAGAUUUCAGCGAUGAAUAGGCUAAUACUUUGAAUAUAUGAAAAAAAGUAGAAAAACUCCACUUUCGUGAAAUAAAUUUAUAAAAAAACCUUUUUAUUUUGUGCGUAUUGAUAGCCGUUCUACGAAGCGGGUUUUUUUAUUUUGGUUUUUGAACUUUAUCAAAACGGAUUAUAAACUAUUAAAAAUUAGGUUAAAAAUCAGAAAACCUUAAAAAGAAAGCGUGGAAGUGGAAAAUUUGCACUUGUCGUAGUACCGAUGUAACAGAAAAAUUGGAAAAUGUGAAAAAAAAAAUGGAAUUCGCAAGAAAUUUUGGUUGAAAGUGAAUCUUUUGAGAAGAAGAAGAUUUUAAAAUUAAGGGUCGCCGCCAUUUCGAUGGCCGAACGUGUUGGAUUCGAGCUCGGAAGACCUUCAGAAGUGGCUUAUCAGGUGAAAUUUUCAACUUGGCAUGAAGUUUUAGAUGAAUUCAAUAGUUUAACUGUUUAAAAGGCUUUUUUUCCAGAAGUAUAAGUGUUCAAACUAGGCGGAUUUCUCCAAUUUUUCAAAGAAAUGUUUUUCAGAUCCGAUACGAAGGUUCAAGGUCGGAAUCUACUCGAAUUCUUUUCAUGACCGACGGUGUUCUUCUGAAAGAGAUGGAAAAAGAUAUUAUGCUCAAAAAGUACUGAGAAAAACCUAGUCAAGCUUUUCAUCAAAGAAAUUGGAAAAUUGAUUUUCAAACUCGAAUAGUUAUUUUAAAAUAGGAAAGUCGAGUUUUUCUUGAAUGUAAUUUGUGAAAGGUUUCUCAAAGAAGGUAAAGAAUUUUAGAUCCCGUUAUUUUAUUUUUUUGAAAAAAAUCUGAGAUAGUUUCAUUUAUUUUUUUCUUUACCGUUAUAAGCCUUUCAUGGAAUAGGUGAGGAAAUUAAAUUGAAGUUUUGUUUUAAUCGCUCUUCAUUGUCAAGCUACAGUUAUUUUUUUUGCAAUUCAAAAACAUUUUUUGUCAUGAUUUGAAUGAUACCGGAAAUUUUUCUUACUCAAAAAUCUCUAUUUUUUCAUAAAUAAUGAAUUUUUUCCUAGAUAUUCCGUGAUUCUGAUCGACGAAGCUCACGAAAGGUCAAUGUACAGCGAUGUUCUCAUCGGAAUGCUCUCCCGAAUCGUUCCCCUGAGGGCCAAAACCGAAAAACCUCUCCGACUCGUCAUCAUGUCGGCCACCCUUCGUCUUACCGAUUUUACUCAUCAAAAGUCAGUUGAUUUUCAGACUUUGUAGCGUGGAAAUUGGGAAAAACUUCAUUGAAAAUUACAGCUUUUCCCCAGGAAAAUUUAGUUCAAAAUAGACAGAUUUCUCGAUUUAGUGAAGGUGAAAUGAUGGUUUGAAGAUCCAAAAAGACACCUGCAUUUUUUUAAUGUGAAAAUCUUGGCAUUUCCAGAAUAUAAUGAAAAAAAUUGAAGUCGUUUUUGAGUAAUUAUGUAUUUUUUUUUCCUUCGUUAAUUGUUAGUUUUCAUAUUUUUGUAUUUUGAGAAUUUAACAACUUGAGAGAAAAAUAAUAAGACUUUUUAACAUCCUUUGCCCAAAUCCAUCAUUAUUAUAUCUUUUGUGCGAAGUCUCAAACAGAUUUUUCAGAAGAAAAUUAGAUUUUCAAAUUUUUUUCAUGAGAAAAAGGAAAAAUUUGCCGUUAGCGAUGUAAAAAAAUUUUUCACUUUCUUAUUAUAUCAUAUUCAUGUUUCAAAUUUUUUUCAUCAAAAAAAUAAAUAAGUAUGAAACUUAUGCUGAUCAUAUUAUAUGAUUGGGUAACUGCUUCCAGACUAUUUCCAAUAAUCCGGCCGAAAAUCAUCAAAGUCGACGCUCGCCAGUUCCCCGUAACAGUCCAUUUCGAGAAGAAAACUCCUCAGAACUAUUUGCCGUUGGCUUUUCGAAAAGUUGGUUCAAAUCAAAAAUCAUAAGAGAACAGUAAUAUCCCUUUCAAGGCAUGCCGAAUCCACGAAACACUCCCAAACGGCGCCAUUCUGAUUUUCGUGACCGGCCAGAACGAAGUCCGAGAUUUAAUGUCGAAACUGAAGAAACGGUACCCGAUCGUCUACGAGAAGGACAAGUCCGGCGAGACUUUCGUCAAAGGAACCAGAAGAUGGAAGGAAAAGGAGGCCCAGCAGCUGAAGAACAUCAAACUCGAGGACUUCGCCGAAGAGGAGGUGCGGAAAAAAUAUGAAUUUUCGAUUUUUUAGCGGACCCGCCUGUGUCAAAAAUGUACAGUUUUUUUAGCGUUUUUUUCAAAGUCUAAAAAAUUUUUUUUCUUGUUUUUUUCUACGGUUAGAAUCCUCUUAUUUCGCCUACUUACUGUCGAAAAAAACCUUAUUUGCAGAGGAAAAAUACAGAAUUCCACCAUUAGAAUCCGAAAAAAAUUGUACUUACUCUUGUACUGAGGGGGAUCAUCAGUUCUUCUGCGAAUUAAAAAUUCAUUUUUGCCCAUUUUUGGUCUGUUACUCAGAAGUGAAAAAUAACGACUUAGGCAAAAAAUGUCCAUUUUUUUUAAACUGUAAAAGGUCACGGUUACUCUAAAUUUUUAAUUUUCAAAAAUUGUUGUAUAAAAAAACUGAAUUAACAUACCUAGCUCUGAAGUUAUGUUUGAAAAUGUUUUGAAACAGGGAUUUGCGGACAGAAAUUUCAUUAAAAUGAAACCUUUCUUUUUGUAAUAUGACGUCAUUAUAAUAUGAAAAAAAUCGAAAAUUUUAAAAACUAAAAAUUUUCCAAAAAUUUUCAGCUCGAAACGAAAAAAAUGGUUCCUUUCUAACUUGAAAUGAAAAAAAGUCGCUUGAGCCUGGUGUUUUUUCGUGGCACUUUAUUGGGUUUUUUGCAAAAGUUCGGGCCAAAUUUGAACCUUUCCAAGAAUUUUUUCGAAAAAAAGGACCUUUCCGAAAACGAGAAUGUUUGUUAGUAUUUCACCUUUGAAAUAACUAUUUUUUGAGUCCUCAAAAGGUGCAGUUAAAAUUUAGUCUCUAUAAAUACUCGCACCUUUUUAGCGCUACUAAAGGGGCCACUAGAAACGCCCCGACGCGUCCAAUUCGCGUUACCAAGCUCCAAUGAUUCCAAAAGAGUCCCCGAAUAAACUACAUUAUUGUCAGUUUUCAGGAGCCUGAGAACAAAGCCUACGAGACCCAUGAGCUGGACGAACGAGGCGUUGGCGAAUGCUUCGAUGACUAUCAGGAGGAGGACGAAGAGGAGCUGGACGAGGAAAAAGAAGCCGAAGAAACGAAAUUGGGACCUCCGCCAACGGACUGCGCCCCACUGUACUGCUUGCCCCUGUUCUCGCUGCUGUCCACCAAGAAACAGAGAAGAGUCUUCGAUCCGCCUCCCGAGGGAAUGCGGCUCUGCGUCGUCGCCACGAAUGUCGCCGAGACGUCGUUGACCAUCCCGGGCGUCAAGUAAAUAUUAUGAAUAAUUUAAAAAUGUGGAAAUAUUCUUCCGGAAUCGGAAAAAAAUUUUGCAAGGGUGACUCUUGUACUCAGAAACUCUGAUCAUAAAAUUGUCGCGGAAAAAAUUUUUGGAAAAAAAGUUUUUUUCGUACUUCUAUUCCUACAAAUUUCCAAAAACCAUUAAAAAAAUAUUAAAAAUUACUGGAAAAACUAUCUUUUUUUCGCUAGGAAAAAUGUUCCUAAAAAGUAGAAAAAGUUACUGCUUCUCGCGCAGUUUCACAGUUAUUUUUUUAUUAUCUCUGCUGUCUCUCUCUUAUUUUCACAUUUUCUCGAGUUUUUUUAUAAGUUUAGAAGAAGUAAUGAUCGUCUUUUUGAGAUUUUUUUGCAUCUUCAGCUUUCAACUUACCAUUUUCUGAUCAUCCGGACUUUUUUUCCGAGAUCACGCACGCAACAAGUCCUCCUUGCCAAUCGCCUUUAAAAUCGGAAAAAUAAAUCUAUCACGCCUCUUUUUUCUUGAAGAUAUGUGAUGGAUGGAGGCUUCGAGAAGCGACGGCUCUUCGACGCGACGACCGGAGUUUCGCGAUUCGCCGUCUGUCGCAUCUCGCAGGCGUCGGCCGAUCAGAGAGCCGGACGAGCUGGUCGCGUCGCUGCUGGCCAUGCCUAUCGGUCAGUUUUGGGUUGAGGCAGACUUUUGCGCGAGCCAUUAAUGAGCCGCCCUUUUCAAAAAGCCGUCCCUUAAGUCUUCCUAAAUUGUUAGGAUUUUAAAGUUGUCUUUACACCCUAUUUGUUUUCCAGCUUCUCGCAAGUCAGUAAGUCUUUUUUGGGACAAAGUCUGUUCUUAAAAGUUUGGAAGGAAACAUUGAUGGCCUAUUUCAAAGGCACUGGAAAAAGCAGCUAUGAAAAAAUAGAGUAUUUUGGGGAAGACAAUAAUAAAUUGUUGAGGUUGUUCUCCUCUGCUGUCUAUCAAGACUUUUUGAAGUUCUCCGAGCCGGAAAUCCUGACAAAACCUUCGGAUCAGCUCGUUCUUCAUCUCAAGUUCAUGAAUAUUGUCAAGGUUUUGGUCUCACUAGGUAUGAAUGGUGGACACUACAAUUUAAUCGAAAAUUCAAUUGAGGACUGAAAAAAAUUAUCUUAUAAGGAGAAACUAGAAUAAAUUUCAGCCAACUUUAAUCUAAAUGUUCCCUUUUAUGAUCACUUUCCGUGUCAGCGCGUUGAUUGAUCAUUUCAACAGGUGGUGAAUUUCCCGUUCCCAUCGGCGCCGAACGAAGAGACCCUCCUGGCGGCAGAAAGAAGGCUCGUGAAACUGGGCGCCCUGGCUGAGAGCAGCGUCAACGGGAAGACGGAGGCGCGGAUCACGAGACUCGGCAAGGCCAUGUCCGUCCUUCCGCUGGCUCCGGCCUACGCCAAGUUCAUCCUGAUGGCCUGCGAGCACGACCUCAUGAAACACGCCGUCUCCCUCGUUUCUCUUCUUUCCAGUAAGGACACAAUGAUUUCCGUGUCCUAUCCUCUUUUUCAGUUCGAGAACCUCUUCUGAACGUCGCGUCGCUCCGCGGGAAAACCCCGGAAGAAACUAAGGAACUCAUGAAAAAUGUCCUGAAACAGAGGAAGCAGUGGUGUUCUAAUGUAAGGGAAUUUUCAUUGGAAAAUAGGAAUUUUAUAUUUUAAGAACACUUCGAAACGUCUGGGCGACGUGAAGGUUCUGAUGCACGCCGCGCAUGCUGCUGAACAGGCCAAAGUCGGUUUUUUGGGUUUUUCUCGUCAAAUGUAAUUUGGAAAGGGAAAUUUAUAUUGAAAAAUGGUGUAUACCGUUUGAUGGGUAAAAAAUAAAGGAACUUAUGAAUUUGAAAAAAAAAUAAUUUUUUGUUCAACUAACCAUACGGUACAAAGCAAUCCACUAUAAUUGGAAUAAUCUUUUUAUCCCAUAUUUAUAAAAAAAGGUAUUACAACGUCAUUAAAAAAUAUAUAUAUAACCUGAAAAAUUAAAGUUAGGAAUAAUUUAUUUUAAAAAAACCCUUUUUAAGAAGCUUCUACAGAUUUUUGAAGGUUAUUUUGGGGAUUUUUGAAAAAAAUUAGAAAUUUAUUAUAGAUUAUUGAGCAGAUCAUCAGAAUAAAACUACUAGAUCAUAUAAUAUGAAUCCGCAUUUUUGAUGUCCGAGCCUUGAAAAACCUUUUUUUCACAAAAGUUUAAAGCACUGAAUAAUUUCAGUAUUUGCCUGAAGAAUGCGAAAAGCUCGGCAUCCGAUCAAAAGUGAUGAUGGAGGGCAAGAAACUCCGGCAACAGCUGGUGAACAUCCUCAACGUCUCGUACAAGAUGGACAAAGACCUCGUCAUCGACGUGAAUCUUCAGCCUCCCAACGAGGAACAGUCACGUCUUCUCAGGUUGGCAUCAUUGAAGUCCAUACGAACUUUCUAUCGUUUGAACUUUUUUGGUUUCAACCUCAAGGUUUGAAUAGUCAAGUCUUUUUUUGAAUAGUGGAUCGGUUGAAAUAGUUGAGAGGUUGAAAAUCGACUGUUGAAAAAAAAAAGAUUAAAAGGCUGAUUUUCAUGACUAGAGUAGGCUUCUGAAGUAGGAGAGAGUGAUUGAAAAAAUCGAUUUUUAAAGAGAACUCUAUCGAUUUUCAGGCAGAUCUUCGUGGCCUGCUUCAGUGACAGAAUCGCGAAACGAGUGGAUAGGUCGGCGGCGCAGGAAAAUAUUCCGAAAGGCGCUUAUCAGAGUACUUUGAUCAAGGUAAAGAUGGGUGAAACGAGAUUUUUGAUCAUGUAUAGCCCAUUCCGCUCCAGCUUUUCACGUUUUGGUUCUCUUCGAGAUACAGGACCCUUCUGUGAAGCUUCCUUUCGAUGCGCGGGGCCUUUUUGUGCGCAUGCGCCUUUAAUAAAACGGAAUUAAAGGCACAUGCACAGAGACAGGCUCGUGCAUCGAAGAGAAGGGCACUGGAGCUAGUAGACAACCGAAAAUCCUGCUUAUUCGGAAAAAAAUUUUUACCAAUCACCUACUCGACAGAUACCUCGGCCCGGUGCGACCCCCAGAAUUGCUCUCUUUUUCCCAUCUUUUGCACUUUGCAAGUGGUAGUGACAAACCGUAACAUUUUCGAGUCUUUUUCGGGCGAAAGGAGAGGCUGCACAGUGCUGACCACGAAAUUCAACUUGCAUGGGAAAGAAAAAUAUUCUCAACGGGGCUUCACCUAUUCCCAUUGGGCGCAAAUAAGGUGCGAGAAGUAAGCUAUUAAGAUAGCAGGAGUUUCUAUUUAAUUUCAAAAGAUCUACUAAAUAAAACUUUAGAAUUGAAUUUGAGAAAAUUACAGAUUUUAGAUUCGCUUUUUUCGCUCGCUUUCUCCCCUGAAAUUGCACUGAAUUGACUCGGAAUUUUGAAAACUCCACUCUCGAGGUCAUUUCGCAAUAAACUGACUCCGCGCUCGGUUGUGCCCCUGAAUGUGCGAGAAAAAGCAUCGAAAAUUUAAAGGCCACAUCCCAGAUAGGGUCUGCCCGGAGCAUAAUUCCUGCCGAGUACGAGCUACAGUAACCUUCUCUUCGAAGCGCGCGGUCCCUCUGUGUAUGCGCCUUUAAUAAAACCGAAUUAGGUCUGAAAAUUAAAGGCUCAUGCACAGAGACAGGCUGCGCGCAUCGAAGAAAAUGGUACUCUAGCUCGUAGGAGUUUCUUUAAAUUUUUACAGUACCCUUCUCUUCGAUGCGCGCGGUAUGUCUCUGUGUAUGCGCCUUUAAUUUAUCCUAAACAUUUCCGUUAUUUUAAAGGCGCAUGCAUAGAGAUAUGCUUCGCGUAUUAAACGGAAGGUUACUGAUGGAAAUAGGAGUUUUAACAAAACAGAUCAACCGAACUGAAAAGAAAAUUGAAAGUUGAUCAAAUUUUUUAUACUCAGGAGCCCGUUUUUCUUGACCCCUCAAGUGUGCUCUACACCGAGGAGCCGGAAUACGUCAUUUAUCAGGAAAUUGUGCAGGUUAAACUACUUUUUUGAAAGAGGAAAAGAUCAAUGAUUUCUUUUUUAAGAUCAGUGAGAAAAAGCUGCUUCAAACGAUCUGCGCCGUAGAACCCGAGUGGAUUUCUCGUCUCGCCGAGUCUUCUUGUAGAUUUGGCGACAUGAGUGAUGAUAUUGAGCCAAAGUUUGCCUUGAAAAACCGGAAAAAAAGUAUAAUUAUUAGAUACGACGAAUCUCGCGAUGAAAUUGUGCGAAGCGUCAAAGUUUGGUUCGGACCUUUGGAUUGGCCGAUGCCUGAUGUUUGUUCGAACUCGGAAGUUCCUAUAAAAUCCAGAAUUUAGGUAGAGAAACCGAUCCCGCAUAAUAUUUUCCUGUACCGAUACUUUGCCGUCUACUUUUUGGAUGGAACGGUGAGGAGUUGAAAGAUUGCAGGAAAAUUUUUUGAUUGACAAUAAUCUAUUUUUUUAUCAAGUUCCCUAACGGAUAUCCUAGGAAAUUUAGUUUUUAAAGUUAUAGGGUGGCAUGAGAAAUAAAAUUCAGUAAUUUUCACGUUGUUUUCUUGAUAUCAUGUCUAACAAAAAAUGUUCUCCGCUCACAGUAGGAAUUCUGAAGGAGACUGGGCUCACUAGACGAUGUUUUUUACGUUGAUAUCGAAUCUGUGCUCGAAAAGCCCUCUCGAGGCCUUUAAAUAAAGUUAGGGACUAAAAAUUCGAGGUCUACCAUUGAGCUGCUUCUUGGAGAGUAUGUAGGGCCUGUCCCGCUGGUGAUAGUUAGAAAUUUUCUAAAUUUCAUUAUUCAAGUUGAAAUAAUAUAUGAUUUUUUUGAGCUCCAAAUUGAGAUGGUUUUCUGCCAAAAUUUGAAAUUAAGAUACUUCUGAACCUUGCCCUCAAAUCUAAGGUUUUGAUGUUGUCUAACUUCGAAGAUUUGGUUUUUAGGCCUACCUCAAGUUGUUUUUCCUAUUUUCCCAAAGAUUUGAUUAAAGUAAAUAAACUCCCUCGCAAUCGAAAUUUGUCUUCGAAACAGAUCUGCAAGAAGCUGGCGCCGUUCGUGGAGAAAUAUCUGGCUCCUCCUUCUACAAUGGUCCGAUCCUGGGCAAAACUCCAAAAAAACGCACCGAAAAUCUUCUGAAUCGAUUGGUCGACAAGGAGGUAGUAUGAUUUUUUUCUUCCCGGUUACAGUGUACCAACUUAUUUCUUUUCCUAGGCUUCAUAAGUUUCAAAAAAAGUAUGAAUUGAACUCGAAUGGAACGUGACCGUUUUACUGAACACAAUCUCUAAUUAGUUUUUUUAUUUUCAAAUCAUGAAUAACCGGAUUUUUACAUAAGGGCGUUUUUGAUUGAGAAAAAGAGCAUCUAAAUAGUUGAAAAAAAUUUAUAAGGGAUAAAGUAUUUCAAAUAUAUAUUGUAAAUCCAAUAUAACCUUUGAACUAUUCCUAUUUAUUUACUAUUUGAUAAUUCAUCUCUACAAUUUUUUUACAUACAUUACAUCAUAUACUUGUCAAAAAUUAGUAACAAAUAUACGAAUAAUUUUUCCAUUUGGAUCAGCUCGCAUUGAUUUUUCAUCAACAGUUUUUCAUUUUGUAAUAAAUAAAAUCUUUUCUAAGGGCCCUGAGUCCUCUAUAAAAAGUCAUUAAAAAGUUAGUCGGAGUUUUCUAAAAGGUUCUUAGGAACUCCGUAGUUUCCUGUCUUUCGUAACCUUUUAUUCCAGAUAUUUAUAUCGCGUUGGCUUUUUUCAAAAUUUUUUUUCCAGGUCCAUUCCCGGAAAGCCCUCAAGGCCCAGUGGGAGCUUGAUGAGAACUAUUUGCUGGAAGAAUAUCUCGAAUGGGUUCCUCAAAAAUUGCAUUCAACUAUAACUCUGCUGUGGCCGCCGCUCGAUGACGACGAAAAAUCUCUCAAAAUGGGCAGAAAUAAAAGAUAUCUCUGAAAGUAACAAAUUUGAAGCUUUUUUUUAAAUUUGAGGUAUUGAGAUUGUCGGUUUUUAUCUCGAAGUUUUGUUUAUUGCCCGAGAGAAUAUAAUUUUUCAGUGACUUUCUCGACUUUGUUGAAUAUUUUUGUUUCAAAUGGAUCUAUUCUUCAACUUUCUUCUCGUUAUUUGCUAUUUUUGAAUUACCAUUUCAUUUACUGGUACCUUUUUCAGAGAAUAGUAUCAUAAUUGUUGCGAAAUAUUUCACAAAUGUUAGAUUUUACGCUAUGGUUUCCCUUUUCUCGUUGAUUUUUGUUGCUUGUUGAGUUUUGUUAUAUUCUCUUGUUGUUGGAAUUGUUGAUAAAUCUUCAUUUUUUAAAAUUCUUAUCAUUUUCCCCCUAUCAAAAGCCUUUUCUUGGAAGGCCUGAGGUUUAUCAAAAAACUUGUUUUUCUGUCCUUAUCAUUACUUUGAAAGAAAUAAUUCAGCUUCUUCGUUUUAUGAUGGAAAAGCUGCCGGCGCUGUACGUGCAACCGACUUUUAACGAGUUGGUGGAAUGGAAAGCGGCGGCUGAGACGAUACGAUGGGCGAUCGAGGCCAAGCUGGAGCUCCCGGCCAAGAAACUCGUAGAACUUUUGGCUUCGGAUAGAAAGUUUUCCGCGAGCUUUACCUCAGCCGUUGUCAACAUACCAUUGUGAGUUGGGAGAUGAGAUUUCUCAAAAACUUUGAUUUUUUCUCUGUCCUUUGCUGCCCUCUCCCUUCAUCCUCAACAUUUUGAAGCUUAAAAAUCUGCAUCUUUCCACUGACUAGGAACGUUUUUUACCCCCCGGUUGAACUUUUGCUGAAACUUCGCUGACAUGUACUUCAAGAUCCCCUGAUUCCAGAACAGAAUGAAAAUUUAAAAUUUAUCGCAAAAGAUCUCGUUUUCCAGGUAAGGACACUCCAGAAGCCCGAAAUAGCGCUUUUUUGGUCUAAUUUGCGUAUUUUGCUCACUUCAAAGCUUCAUAACUGGAAAUAAGAUCUAUUGCGAGAAAUUUUUUUCUUGAUCUGCAAUCAGGGGGUCCUAAAGUACACUUCAGCAAAGUUUCAGCGAAACUUCAACCGGGGGGUAAAAAACGUUCCCUGGUGAAGUCUUUUCAUGAAGAAUAGAAUUUUAGUUAGAGACAUCAAUGAAAAAAUAGCGAGAUUGACAAUCCACUCUUCAUUAUCUCUUUCUGUGUUCUUAAUAUCAGAUUUUCUGCCGCCAGACGGGUAGACCCGCGGUAGGGCGACCGCAACGCGCCCUGGGGCUACCCUAACUGCGAAGCGGUCAUAUAGUCAAAAUAAACAUUUCUCUUCGUUUGUUGACUUUCAUACAUCUUCACUAAUUUAUAACUUCUCGGGUCGGGUAGCCUCGGAGCUACUGCUUUAAGUCACGGGGUCACCCGGGUCGACCCGUCGUCAGCCCUGCCUAAUAUCAGCAUGGAUAGCGGAAAAAAUCCCAAAAUUAACCCUGGAAAUGACUCAUCGGCGACACCUUUGAGCUUCUCUCUUUGAAAAAAAAAAGAACAAAAUAAAUUUCAACUGGCUUUGCCGGUUCUUCUGAAAUCGAUUCUCAACAUCCUUUCCGAUAAAUUUUUCUUUGACUAUACCUUCCUAAUAUUUCAAUUCAGACCUCCGGAUGAUUUUCGAUAUCGAUCCGUGUUUUGUUCCGACAAACGAACAGCCACCGUUGCGACGGCCCUAGAAAAUGCUCUUUUAGCAGUUUUUCUUCAAAUUUGCUGUUCUCAAGAUGAGGUUCAGCUAUUCCACACUUCAGAAUCAUGAAUAGUACUUCAGAGCGUCUUCUUAAAACAGCGUCGAGAAGCCUUGCCAAUCCCCUUGAUCUUCUUUUUGGUGUCCGCUAUGUACAAACACCAGGAUUUGAUGGUACCUGUUUUGAAGUCGUUGUCGAAGGCGAAACACUUCCAAAAAGUGGAACUAGAGGAAGCCUGGCGGGAUUGUGGAUCCGUCAGUUGUUUCUUGAAUCUUCAAGUCCAAGGAAUAUGUUUCAGGCCUUGGUGAAAGCCGAGACGAUGCUUCAAGCUUCGGUGGCUGAGUUUUCUUCAAAAAAUUCAACGGCAGGGGCUCAAGAGCUCCUGGAUAUAUUUCUGAGCGCGGCUGCGACUUUCCAAAGACUCGCGACGAUUCAAGAAGUUUUCCGGGACGCUGGAAUCGACCUGGCGUUUGAUUGGAUUCUGAAGUUUGUACACGAUUAUUUUGUAGUUUUUGUUGUACGAUUUCACGUUUUUGGAUUAUUUUUAGUGGUUAUUGGUUUGAAAUUUGUGAAUCUUUUUUGAAACUCAAAAAUUUUUUUCAUAGUAUAUUUUUUUCCCGGCCUGUAGAAAGGAAGAUUUUUAAGUAACUUUCUGCGGCCUUUUGUCAGAAAUGCGAAUUUAGACGCAAAUGAUCUAAGAGGAUAUAGACGAAAAAAAGUUAAAUGCUGCUCAGUUUGAACUUGUUUUUUUAUUACAUUUCGAGUCAGAAAAAUUUUUCAGAAAUCUCGUAGUGUUUUUUUGAAAAAGUUAUUCAAGUAGUUUAAAAACCAACUUCUCACUCAAAAAUAAUCAAGAAUUGAUCUCUUUUUUUCGACUUUGAAAAUAUCCCUUCGAUUUGAAUUAAUUUUUUUCAUUUUCAGCUCUUUAUCUCUCGUCGAAACCAUUUACGAUCUUUUGGAUAACAAAACUUUGGUCGAUUUGGCCUUUUGCUUCGAUUCGUAUCCUUUAGGGUUCGUUUAAAGAAAUAAAUUUCGAAAACUUACUUUUAAAUUACAGUGAUUUGUACCGAGCGAGGUCAAAGACCGAGCAACUUAUCGUGCAAGUUUUUGUCGAUGUUCUCGAAAAGUCGCCUGAUAGUUUUUGUGAAGAGGCGCUUCGACGAUGUCUGAAACAUCCGAGGUUUGACACACGCUUGGGAACUUCAGAGUGGUCCCUAUAGGAGCAAGCUUAGAGGCCUUGAAGGUUCCCCUCUAGGUAAAAUUCUACCUUCCCCUAUAGGGGUCACUUGAGCUUACAAAAGUGGCUUUAGGGGUUAGGUGUCAUAUCCUUAACCCCCAUAGGGACCACCUUAACCCCUAUAUGGCGCGCUUUUUUGCCCUCUAUAGGGGCUGUUAUCCCCCUUAACCCCUAUAGGGACCACUUUAGCUUUCAUAAAAAAACUAAACUUGCGAUUUCCAGAAUUUUGACUCUGUUGAUUGACUUGGGAGCUGUGGAUAGUUUGAGACAGAAACCAGCCGGAAAAAGGAUUCUUUCGGAUGAAGUCAUUUCAAACGCCAAGUUGGACGCACAGGAAAAAGCUCUCAAGGAACUCACGGCUUCUGGGUUGUUGAAGGUGAAACAAAUUAUUCCAGAAGUUUCUAGAUCGAAAAAUUGAAAAAAACGUCAUUUUUCACGGUUCACUUACCUUGGCAGACUUUGGUCGCAUCUGGAAUGACCCUACGCAUCAUUUGAAUAGCACCCGACAAAAAACGGCUUGCGCGCAUGAGUAUUAUAGUAUUAGGAAAGGCGGCUUUGUGAUGAAUGCACCGGAAAAUCAUCAAAAAUGAGGCAGGAAAAAACUGGAGCUCCAGAGAGAUCCCUGGAAGGGCCAAUUAAUUUUGAAAUCGGAGAAUCUCUGAACUAAUGGACCGUUUUUUCAGAAUCUCAAUAAUAAGAGCAACGACGAGAUUUCUGCCAAGAUCGACCAUGUCGUGGGAAUUCUGCCCCAUCUUUCUUCGGAAUAUGCUCAUGUAAACUGGAAAAAAAUAUGAACCGACUCAAAAAUAUACUUCAAGUUAGCCCUGCGGCACUUUGGAUAUGACGCCGAACGUGUCAUCGAAGCUGUUUUGACCCGAGAAAUUCCGCUCCAACUUCAAAGAGUCGAACUCUGCGAUUUGAGCUCCGUUCCGACGGAUGAAAAGGCUGAACUUCCUUUCGUCGACUUCUCGCUUGAUGGUAUAUUUUAGUCGGUUUUUUGCGACUUGAAUGAGACUUCUCUGCGCCCUCCUCGUCUCUCAUGUUUACGUGCUAUUUUUAUGUUUCUCUGCCCUCGCCGGUGAGCGAGCAGAGAGACGCAGACACUCGAAAACUUUCAAAUCGCGGCAGACGGCCAUAUAGCCUGUUCAGAUUUUGAAUUCCAAGUACAGGGAUGUCAUUCUCGAACGAUCUGUAGAUGGCUCGCUCUCUGAUUGGUUCAUCCCUCCAUUAGGGGCGGAGCUUGAGCUAAGACUUGAAUUUAAAAACCUGAACAGACCGUGUAGUCCAUUUUUCGCGAUUCGAAACAGUAUGACUUCUCUGCGCUCUCCUCGUCUCUCGGUGACACUCCCUUAUUCACGUGCUAUUUUCUUUUUUCUCUGACCUUGCCGGUGAGGGAACAGAGAGACACAGACACUCGAAAACUUUCAAGUCGCGAUAAACGGGCCAUAGAAAUUUUUUUUGAAGGAGAAAAAAUUUCUAGAUGAAUUUGCUCACGUCGCCUCCAAGCGGAAAGAACCUGUUGAGAAAACCGAACCAGAACCGAAUAAGUUCAAGGUUUUGAAUAGCUCUAAGAAAUUUAUAAUUUUUUUUUCAUAGGGUCUCUUCUCACUGGCUCCUGUUCAAUCGACUAGCAAUUCAAGUUUGGCUGGCACUUCUUCGAAUGGAACUGAGGUCAGGGGAGAACUCAUUAAUAAUCGUACUUUAUAAUUUUCUAACCAAUUAUUUAAAAUGAGUUCAUUUUGUGUUGCUGUCUCAGAAUAUUAGGAAAAAAAUUUAGAAAAAUCUCUGUAUUUUGGAGUAUUGAGGUUGAAAGAAUUGAGGCAAGAAACAAAAACUUUUUACAGGGAUAAAUUGAGAAAUUUUUUUAUUUUCAAUCACAGUUUCACUCAUGGGAUGAAUUAGAAUAAGGUAAAUUUUUUUAAUAGGCAAGGUGUGAUUAUCCUGAGUGGUCUCUAUAAAGGAAAAACAACCCCUGUGGGGGAGGUGAAGUAGUCCCUAGAGGGGAAUCUUUAAUGGCCAUCAAGGUUACCUCUAUAGGGACCACUCUGAAAUUCCUAAGUAAACUGGUGGCUCUCAGAGCACGACGAGAGAAGUAAUGGAACCUGUUUCCAACUUUUUUUUGUAAUUCCAAUCAAUUUGAAGGAUGAGAGGAAGCUUAAAUUGAUUGAACGACUUCAUCAGUUGGCCAAGGCGACAGUAAGCUCUGUGGCAGGCCUAAACGGGGAACGUCUCGUCCCGAUGAUGACUUCCAAAAAGUUUCAGACUCUCAUGAAUAUUCUCGAUCUUCGACUUGAGGUAUUCGGCCCUGAACUCGCUGAAGAUCACCAAGGCCGACGAGGUGGCCAUCAGACCGACUUACGACGCCUACCGAUAUGAGACUCGGGAUGAAGAUGACGAGAAACGGGGGUUGUACGACGACGAGUACGACGACAGCUACGAGGUCAAGGAGUUCACCGUGGAGCCCUUGAAGUACGACCAACUCCUUGAUUUUUCGCUGAAAUGAGGGUUUAGCGAGGAGCUGACCGAGUCUUCCAGCGAGGAGGAUGAGGAAGAAGGCGACGAGAAGACUUCAGAUACCAGGAAUGGAACUGCAGAAGCUGCUCAGAGAGGCGGCCGGGGCAGGGGAGCUCGUGAGUUCUUUGUGAUUUUGAAAAAUAAGAAGGUUUUGAACUUUCAAAACUUCUCAGCUUCUAGAUUUCAGACAGGGACUCCAAAGAGUACUGAAUACUUUGAUAAUAAUGAAUAUUUCACCGAAUUUCGAGUUCACUAGAGAAAACGGCUCAAAUAGACUUCAUUUUAAGAGUUUUUUGUUUCUUUUUUUUUAAUUCGCUUCAGUGAUCGGUGUAACGGAUUUCUUGGUAUCGCCUUUUUUGAAUAUUACUCUGGUUUGAAUCACAGCUGUCUUGAUCCAUCCAAAAAAGGUCUUGACACGAAAAAAAGAGAUAGUGUCUAUUAGGUGGAGGGCGCAGACAGGCCACGCCCCUUUGCGUCUCUAGCUAGCCGUGAAUUGACUAUAAUCAGUCAGAAGUUCAAAAUUUUAAAAAUGAAUAAGCUCCCAUUUACGUUGUUAAGACUUUUUUCAGUUAAAAACUUGAAAAUUAGAAAAAUUCUUGAGAUUUUUUGACUAAGUUUUUUGUUCGAAAAAAAUAUUAGAUUUGAACUUUUUUUCGAUGGGUUUCAAAAUUUAAGGAAAUACUUAUCUCAGUCUGAACCUCAAUGGCGCAGAACAAGUUUUUCCAAUCAGUAAAAGUUAUAUUAUUGGUUUUAGAAAAAAUCAUUGAGCGAACUGAAUUUUAAAAAAAUACCGAAAUGUUCAGUUUCCUAAAAUCCACCUAUGGGACUUUAUUAUUUAAAAAGGAUUAUAUUACUGAAGUCUUUUUUUGGUUUUACUCUUCCGAUCUUGAAGUAAGGAGUAAGCAUUUUCAAAAAAAUAUGGUACCAAAAAUUUUCAGUUACAUAAAAUCUCGGAAAAAAAUAAACUAAUUGUUAAGACUUUACCGUUUCAAAAGGAUUAUACAGUUAAAAACUUCCUAACUCAAAUAUUAUUAGGAUUUAACCGAUUGUUAGAAAAGAGUUCAGAACAAGGCGGAAGCGGUCGGGGACGAGGCCGGGGUGCGCCUAAAGGAGGCCGUGGUGGCGGUGGAAACACUGAGGCGACGGAUUCGACAACAAGCGAUAAUAGUUCGAAUUCUUCAUCGAGUUACACUGGAGGACGGCAACGACAGUUGAAGGAACGUCACAAGGCCGACUACAAGCAACGGGGAGCCGACCGAAAACUUCGUGGAGCUUAUUGA